ACACAAAAAAAUAAUUAUGUUACCAAACGAUGUCGUUACGUAGAAUAUAAUCACUUUUUGGGUAAUUUUACUUUGUGAUGCACAUUGAGUUGGCAAUCAAAAUCCGGUGAAAAUGGAGCGGAGCCGAGUGGCCGGAGAAGCACCGACCGGAACCAGGAUCCUGCUUGCGUCACUCUCUGCGGUGGUCGCAGAGUCAGUUACGUUUCCGAUUGAUCUCACAAAGACCAGAAUGCAGCUCUAUGGUUCGGGAUCCGCUUCUGGUGCGCACCGGAUUGGCGCCAUCGGAGUCGUAUCGGAGAUUGCGAGGAAGGAAGGAGUGAUUGGUCUCUAUAAAGGUCUAUCUCCGGCGAUUAUCAGACACAUGUUCUACACGCCAAUAAGGAUCAUUGGAUACGAGAAUUUGAAAGGAUUUAUCGUCGGAUCUGAAACUAACAACGGCGAGUCUCUUCCUCUUGCCACAAAGGCUCUCUUCGGAGGAUUUUCUGGUGUUAUAGCUCAGGUAGUGGCUAGUCCAGCUGAUUUGGUUAAAGUGAGAAUGCAAGCAGAUGGUAGAUUGGUGAGCCAAGGCCUGAAACCGAGAUACUCGGGACCAGUUGAAGCUUUCACUAAAAUCCUACAAUCAGAAGGAGUAAAAGGGCUAUGGAAAGGUGUUCUUCCAAACAUCCAGAGAGCAUUUCUAGUGAAUAUGGGAGAACUAGCUUGCUAUGAUCACGCCAAACACUUUGUCAUCGAUAAGAAGAUUGCUGAGGAUAACAUUUUUGCGCACUCACUUGCUUCUAUAAUGUCUGGUCUUGCUUCGACAACUUUGAGUUGUCCAGCUGAUGUGGUGAAGACGAGGAUGAUGAACCAGGGUGAAAAUGCUGUGUACAGAAAUUCUUACGACUGUUUGGUGAAGACGGUUAGGUUUGAAGGAGUAAGAGCUCUGUGGAAAGGUUUCUUCCCGACAUGGGCAAGGCUUGGACCGUGGCAGUUCGUGUUUUGGGUCUCUUACGAGAAGUUUAGACAACUCGCAGGGAUCUCUUCCUUCUAGACCUGAGAAACUUGGAAAAGCAAAUUUGAGAUUUGAGUUCUUUAGUUUCUGAUUAAGAAACUUUUCAAAUUGAU